GAGUCGCGGUUUAAAAGCAGCCUAGGGGCAGCCAGGAGCCUACACUGCGGAGGAGCACGCCGGGAUCCUAGGCUGCGCCCAGCCUAGGCUGUUGCUCCCCAGGCUGCUCCUAGCGCCUCGCAGCCCUAAAGCGAGCGGCAGCCUCUAGUCGCCGGGACAAAGAUGCCCCUGCGCGCGGCUGUAGUCCUCCUGUUGGUGAUCCUAAAGGAGCAGCCUUCCAGCUCGGCCCCGCUCAACGGAUCCAAGUGGACCUAUGUUGGUCCUGCUGGGGAAAAGAACUGGUCCAAGAAGUACCCAUCAUGUGGGGGCCUCCUCCAGUCCCCGAUAGACCUACACAGCGACAUCCUCCAGUACGAUGCCAGCCUCACACCCCUACAGUUCCAAGGUUACAAUGUAUCUGCUGAAAAGCUGUUGAACCUGACCAAUGAUGGCCAUUCAGUGAGACUGAACCUGAACUCGGACAUGUACAUCCAGGGCCUCCAGCCUCACCAAUACAGGGCGGAGCAGCUGCACUUGCACUGGGGGAACCGCAAUGACCCCCACGGCUCUGAACACACCGUGAGUGGGAAGCACUUUGCCGCCGAGUUGCACAUCGUCCAUUAUAACUCAGACCUGUACCCCAACUUCAGCGCCGCCAGUGACAAGUCAGAAGGUCUCGCUGUCCUUGCUGUUCUCAUUGAGAUAGGCUCCAGCAAUCCAUCAUAUGACAAGAUCUUCAGUCAUCUUCAACAUGUUAAGUACAAAGGCCAACAAGCACUCAUCCCAGGCUUCAACAUUGAAGAACUUCUGCCCGAGAGCCCCGGCGAGUACUACCGCUAUGAAGGGUCCCUGACUACACCUCCUUGCUACCCUACCGUGCUCUGGACAGUUUUCCGAAACCCUGUGCAGAUCUCCCAGGAUCAGUUGCUGGCUUUGGAGACAGCUCUGUAUUUCACACACAUGGACGAUCCUUCCCCCCGAGAAAUGGUCAACAACUUCCGGCAGGUCCAGAAGUUUGAUGAGAGGCUGGUGUAUAUCUCCUUCCGACAAGUAGGACUCCUUACCGACACAGGACUGAGCCUGGGUAUCAUCCUUUCCGUGGUCCUGGCUGGUAUUCUUGGCAUCUCCAUUGUUCUGGCAGUGUCUAUUUGGCUCUUCAGAAGGAAGAAGAGCAGAAAAGGUGACAACAAGGGAGUCAUUUAUAAGCCAGCCAUCAAGAAGGAGACUGAGGCCCACGCCUGAGGUCCCUGGCACUCUCAGACAUCCAAGGAAGGACCUUGCUUUGGACACUACAUACUUUGGCUCCCUGGACACUUGAAAUACCUCAGGUGUUCUCUCGAGCCCAACUGUAACCCCUUCCCCAGACUCUUGUGAGGCUUCCAGCUGGUCCUCCCCUGUUCUGCUGUCACAACCACCCCAGGGUGACCAGUGAGUGGGAUGAACUGAACUAGGGGGCAGGAGCUUUCCGUGGAUUUCUCUAGCUGCGUGAGAUGACUGGAGAUUUAGGAUUCUGGGUCACAAACCGAACCUGCUGGUGGACUAUUAGGGCUUGGAAACCACUUCCAUCCUAGGUUCAUCUUGAUACGCCCCCAGUGCCAUGGACAUUCCAGUUAUUCUCUGACCUUCCAGGCCAGAGCAUCUGUCCUUUGCUCGGGUGACGCUUUUGAAACUCAGCUUCCUUCCUCAGUGAGGAGCUGUCUUCCUUGGAUUUCCUUCUGCCCUGACAGACCCUCCAGCCUGACCUCAUGCCUACGGGGAAGAGUUGCAACAGGAAGCAUCAGAUGAUCAGAAAAAAAGAAAAACUAUACUAUACUAGGGCAUUUCCACAGUCCUGUCUUUUGGGCUAGAGACACUGACCAAACCUUACAGCCAUGCGGGCUCAAGUUCUGUCUUAGUGGGGAUAAAAGGGAGACAGGGGAAGGGGAAACGGAGGCAAGGGGAAGGCAGACACUGCCAGGAGUCUUCCUCUGGAGUCAGAACUGGAAUCAAGAGACAGUGGAAGAGAAACUGAGUCUAAGUUACCGCCUACUUAGCCUCAGGAGGGCAGUUGUGUUUCAUCCUCUACUCCAUUGCUUUCUCUCUCCUGGAGUAGAUGGGAUUUAUGAGCGAUCUGCUCUGCUUUGAACCCGCGGGAAACAGACAGAAGCAAGACUACUGUGCAACUUUGUCUCUUUUGCCCAAAUGUCAGUUCAACCUCCUCUGAUAUCCCUUCUGCCAACUCAGGGUCAGGACUGUCUACUCCUCUGGCCGUGGAGAAGUCUAAACGAUGUUCGGUCAAAAUGUAUUUUCAUACUCUCAAAGCAGGAAGCUAGCUGCACAGAGCCAAACCAGGUCCUGGUAUUUACGUACCAAAACCAAUGGAAUGUUCCCAAGAUUCUCCCUGUCCUUCCCUCUCAGUCACAGAGUUUCUGAGAAUGCUUCAUUCCUUCUUCACGUGCCUCCCACAGAGGCGAGAGCUCUGUGGAGAACAGUCAGCUCCACGGCUCUACAGGAGCCUCAGCCACCAGCCCCUGAUUGCUAGGUCCUUGCAGGUCUCUGAUUUUGUCUCAUUUUGACAGCAUGGAAUGUCCUCUUGAAGCACAAGGGGUUUUUUUGUUUGUUUGUUUGUUUGUUUUUGUUUUGAUAUCUCUUCCCUUCUACUCCUUCCUCUGAUUUGAUAAAAAAAAAAAAAAAAAAAAAAAAUCUUUCUCUACCAUUACAACUUUUCAUGGUGGCCAGCCCCGUGUCUUUGUAACAUAAUUCACUGGGCGAGGUUACAGGUGACCCAGUGGGAGCUUGGCUCUGUGUGGUGUGUGUGUGUGUGUGGUGUGUGUGUGUGUGUGUGUGUACACGCAGUGUAUGUGCAUGCACACAAGAUCACUGACAGCCUUGGAGUCUGGGUGCCCUCCUGGCCUUGCCACUGACGUGCCCGAUGGCAUCAUCACAGUAAGGACAAGUAGCCUCAAGGAGCAGCAGCAGCAGCACAGUUCAGGGGGCCAGAACCGUCAGCCGGAAACUAGCAUAAAGCACUCCAGGACAGCAAGACUGUCUCAAAGAACUAUGCACCGACCAGUUAUGUGAGAGCACAGCGAGACUGCCGUCCCUGGCACGAGGCCUGGUCCCAACGGGAGAUGUGGUGGGAGGUGAAAACAGCGGCCUUUCUCCUUCCCUCUUCCCAUUCAGCAUGGCCCAGACAUUCAGUCCUCGUUCAGUCCUCAUGGCUGAGAUGAAACAGAGCCAGGGAGGCAGACAGAGUGCUCCGAGAAUCAGCGCUGUCAACCUUUAACUCUUGAAGAUGCAGCUUUCUUCGUAUUCCCAGUCAUUCUGGCCACCACUGAGGGAAGCCAGUGCUGUGGGGUGCGAAGCACAGCUUGCCUUACAUGCCUUAACUCGGCUGUGUGAGGUGUAAGGUGGGUGCCUAGGAGAGCCUGGGUGGGCACAGGGCUGGGCACGUGGCAGGUGAAGAAGACCAACACCGGGCACGGGCGGGUGGGGCAUGCACCUGGGACCUGGGGGAGGCACUGGUUUCUGCAGUUUUCCUCUGCCUCUAACUGGAGAACUUGAGUCUCGCUGUGGUUUUUUAGUAUCUGUCAUUAUAGUAAAACAUGUAUCCAUGGCUUUAAUGGUAUUCUAGAAUUUGCUGCACUGACUGUCUUAAUCAUAUUUCUAUUCCUUGUCCUCUCAGUACUCUUCGAAGGCCUCCUGAUUGGCCCUGAGAAAGUACCAGGGGUGACAGUACCUUGGGUCCCCCCUGUGCCUCUCAUCCAUAGGCCACUGUGAUGAUGGCCUGUUUAGCACUUCUAUAUUUAUUGUACCAAUGAUUGUAAUGAAGACAUACACUGAAAAUAUAAGAAAUUAUAAUAAAAAUGUUUUUCACAUCA